CGUCCCAAAUUAAUGAUUGAAAUAUUCACAUACUUACUUUCGUUGCUACUCACUACUAGAGACUCACACACUUUAUUCACUUCAAAUUCGUUAUACUCAAACAGACACAAUUGAAAUGGCAACACAACCUGAAUUUGAACAUCCUAACAAGGCCAUUGGUUUCGCAGCUAGAGACCCUUCUGGUCUUCUUUCCCCUUUCAAUUUCUCUAGAAGGAAAACCGGUGAAAAAGACGUGGCAUUUAAAGUAUUGUAUUGUGGAAUAUGUCACUCUGAUCUCCACAUGGUGAAAAAUGAAUGGGGCGUGUCCACCUAUCCGCUAGUUCCUGGGCAUGAGAUUGCUGGUAUAGUGACAGAGGUGGGAAGCAAAGUAGAAAAUUUCAAAGUUGGAGACAGAGUGGGUGUAGGCUGCAUGGUUGAUUCGUGUCGCACGUGCCAAAAUUGCGAAGACAAUCUUGAGAAUUAUUGCUCUAAAUAUACACUCACCUAUAGUGCAAAGUAUAGUGAUGGCACAAUCACAUAUGGCGGCUACUCUGAUUCAAUGGUUGCGGACGAGCAUUUUGUGGUUCACAUUCCUGAUGGCUUACCACUUGAAGCUGCUGCUCCUCUUCUUUGUGCCGGUAUCACAGUGUAUAGUCCUCUUAAAUAUUUUGGACUCAACAAGCCCGGGCUUCAUAUAGGUGUUGUUGGACUUGGCGGACUUGGUCAUAUGGCUGUGAAAUUCGCCAAAGCUUUUGGUGCUAAUGUCACAGUAAUUAGUACAUCGCCUAACAAAGAAAAGGAAGCAAUAGAACACUUAGGAGCUGAUACAUUUCUGAUAAGUCACGACCAAGAUAAGAUGCAGGCUGCAAUAGGUACUUUGGAUGGUAUCAUCGAUACAGUUUCAGCGACUCAUGCACUCUUGCCUCUAAUUGGAUUACUGAAGUCUCAUGGAAAGCUUGUAAUGGUCGGUGCACCGGAGAAACCUCUGGAGCUGCCUCUCUUUCCUUUAAUUAUGGGGAGAAAGUUGAUUGCUGGAAGCGGAAUUGGAGGGAUGAAAGAAACUCAAGAGAUGAUUGACUUUGCUGCUAAACACAAUGUAAAACCCGACAUUGAAGUCAUUCCUGUGGAUUAUGUUAACACUGCAAUGGAGCGACUCGUCAAAGCAGAUGUUAAAUAUCGAUUUGUGAUCGACAUUGGAAACACUCUGAAAACAAGCUCUUAAAUUCUACACAACUCAACCGUCUAAAGUUUGGAUCAUCGUCACAAUUACUAUUUUUGUUUGUUUAUCCAAUAUUGUCGAUUGUUCUUGUAUGCAAUAAAAGUUUUUGACUGCAGACAUAGAGCUUCUGCUGUUAAAAUGAUAGGGAUUCAAAUUUGGCAUUGUUCACAAUUAUGAGAAUUAGUAAUGUAUGCAUUUUAUGAUGCAAUAACAUCGUUAUUUGAUAGGGAUU